GGGCAUAAAAGAAGAAAAAAUAAAAGAAAUAUUUACUGUGAAUCUUUCUCUAAAUAAAGCAUCUCUGCAUGCAAUAAAAUUUUCAAUUUAUAACUGUAAUAACACGUUUUUAUACCUUCGGCAUCCAGCAUCCUGACUCUGUUGACGUCAAUAUCAUCCAGUUAUAUAAGUAUGUAUCUCGUUGUUUUGACAAAACUUCCGACUAAUUGUGAUGAAUCGGUUUAACUCUUUCAACGUGCCCAAUUUUAAAAUCCGUCAACGAAUUUGAGUGAAAUUUAUUUCCAAUCGAUCAAAAAUGUCACAAGAUUCGUAAGCACUUCCACUGUUCCAAAUUAAAUUUAAAAUGGGUAGAUUUACGUCGCGUCAACGAAGAAAAGGGUGUAUAUAGAGUUGUCAUCUGUGAUUACCUGAGACAAAAUUACAACAAAAUCCUACCACAAAUGGGUCGGAUUAACGAGACAACCGUGCAAAAUGUUAGCAAUUGUGUCUCAAGUGUCCUUAAGUGUCGAGAUGUGCCCUUCCUGCAAUAACGAAACCAACACUAAGUGUCCUAAAAUAUUCAGACCAUGGGAUACCUAUCAAGAAUCCUCCUCAUCGUCCUCGCAAUUAAAACAGGAAAAAUCGGGAUUUCGGCCAGUCGAUCCUAGUCAUUUUUUACCUUCUUACAACGACCCCGCGCUUUUGGAAACCCUCGCCACUGGAUACGCUUUAGAGGAGUACGCCAGAGUUUUAAAUCAAGAACACCAAGUAAAAAUCCUGAAUGCUCGUAAACAACGACCAAAGAAAUACAAGUGUCCGCAUUGCGACGUCGGAUUUUCUAAUAAUGGCCAACUGAAAGGACAUAUCAGGAUACACACAGGCGAACGCCCUUUCAAAUGCGACGAGAAGGAUUGCGGGAAGACUUUUACGAGAAACGAGGAAUUGACGAGACACAAAAGGAUACACAGCGGACUUCGUCCUUUUCCUUGUACCCAUUGUGGUAAGCGAUUCGGGAGAAAGGACCACCUUAAGAAGCACUCGAGGACGCAUUUCCAGCCGAGAGGGGUCUACGCCGUGCCCGUUAUGCUCCCGUUCGACGCCUGGGCCUCUGCGACUUAUCCCUACGUGCCCUCCAUGUACGGGUUCUGAAUUCGACUGUGAUGUAAAUAGUUUUUGUAUAUUUUUGUAAAUUUUGUGAAAGAGAAACUAUUUUAAUAAAGUGACACAAAUGCGAUUU